AUGUCACGCGUGAUGUGCCUGGCCUUGGCCUUGGCAAGCUUGACUGUGCCACGUGGCCUGCGGCGCUUGAAGCAUCAUAUGGCUGACCUGCGUCAUUGGUUACCAAAAAAAAAGGAAAUUCAACCAUCCUCGGCUUCUUGCCUAGACCACCUGCAUCGCUGGCGCGUGCUUGCUUACGAGCGCAAGAGCUUUCACGUCAACGUACGCAAAAGCGCGUAUUCUAUGCCAGGUGUGCGGCAUGACCCUGCUGACUCGCUUCUAUGGAGCAUGAGCGAGCUCAGCCUCACAAGACGUGCGCAAGGCGAAAAGCCAUCUCGAUCUCCAUCGCUCCCUGUACAGAUGGAAAGCAAUCGAGACCCUUCUCUGUACUCGACGGCUUCGGUUUCUCGUGCCAGUGAGCCCACUCAAUUCUCCGACAUCAUGUUGCUUCCUAGUCGAUCCUCGCGUUCCGCAUCCAUUCAGUCGAAUCAGCUCUUACCACCGCCUAGUUCAUCGCGCACGCAGGGAGGCUCAUCGAUGCCGGAUAUUUGGAAGCCACCACCUCAGUCUACACCACUGCGCCUCACAUCGCAUUCAUCUGAUUUACCUAUGUCGUCUGUUCCCUUGCAUGCGCCGCGCCACAGUGCACCUCAUGUGCUGCCUGAACGUGUGCUAGGGUCGCCACGACCAUCACCCCAGUACAGCCUGGAUCGACCUUUCUCUCUUUUACAGCACAACACACUUGAGCAGCGCCGGGGCAGUGACACGCUGAGUGUGCCUGGUUCCAUGUUGUGGACGCCCAUCGAGUCCGUCGAGUCACAAUCUGUGCGCAGACGUCGCUCCGUCCAUGUCGCUGCUGCUGCCGCCGCCGCCGCUGCUGCUGCUGCUGCUGCUGCUGCUAUACCCGAAGUACCUCGCUACGAAUAUGCAGAUGUACCCAUGUCUAUCCCACCAUCUCGUGAGAUAACAUCUGCUCCAGCCACCCUGUCGCAAUCUGACUCUGCCUCAUCACAAAUGAAUAAGUCUCGUCUCUCGCUAUCACAAGCAGAGAUGCCACCUGAGUUUAUGUCACCUUCAUCACACAAGUCGACACCAGUGGCGUGGAAAAACACAUUGACAUCCCGUCCGCCGCCGGCAACUUGCGCGUUUUCGCAUGAUACCAUGCCGCCCGACACCAUACCUCCAGAGACACUGCCACCUGACGUGGCACCGCCCGACAUAUUAUCACCCACAUGCAUGCCCCCGGGAUAUAAUGGUGCCAGGCGCUAUACCCUCCAAGCUUGA